CAAAGCUUCCCGCAAUGGCCUCCCCCAGCUCUGUGCCGUGCUUCGCCUCCACCGCCGCCCAACGGCGGCUGCGCCGGAGCGCCGCCCGGCGGUCUCGGCACCGCGACGCGCAGCGACUGGUGGAGCUGCUGCUGGGCGAUGCGGUCGGAGAUGCCUUUGGAUUUGGCAUCGAGAUGCAGGACGCGCAUUGGAUCCGGCAGCGGGUCACCAAGUGCAGCGAAUGGCCGCAGAAUCCGGCCAUGAAGGAAGACCACAAGCCCAACAAUAUCAGGGGAAUGUACUCCGACGACUGUGAGAUGACGGUGGGUUUGAUGAGAGCCUUGAUGAAAGUCGAGGAUCUGAAAGACUUGGGCGAGGCCGACAUGUUGGACGCUUGGAGAAACGAGUGGCUCCUGUCGCAGCAGCGCCCCGCGCCGGCGCUGCCCGGCACGGGCCGCGCCGGGCAUGGCAGCAUCAAGGCCUACUUCGAGGGUAAAAGUUCCCUCGAAGAUCUGAAAAAGUCGCAGUCCGAACGAGUGGACCCCGGCAAUGCGCCGCCCAUGAGGGCCCUGCCCUUGGCGUUUCUGGAGUUGGAGGAGCUCGAGCGUCUUUGUGCCGUGAAUGCCAAUGCCACCCACCCGCAUCCCAAGGCCUCGGCUGCAAGCUUCUUGAUGGCCAUGGCAGCGAGGUAUCUGAUCCUGGAGAAAGGAAAGCAGGAGUUGGUGAUAGAGUGCUGCCUGGAACGGCUGCGAAACAGCUCCCUGAGCCAUGCAGAGACCGAGGAAUACCUGGAGGUGGUGCAGCGACAACCGGACUACCAUUCCUUUGGACGGCACCUGUCUAGGAUGCCAUCAGAGGUCCACGAGGCGCUCUGCGGUCCACAGCCCAACCCGCAGCUGGCGCACUGCCGUGGCGGUGAGCUGGGCACUGACCCCGUGCACGGGGUGGGGUCGGACGCCAUGCGGACUGCUGGGGUGGUCCUCUACCUGCUGCGCUUCCACCGCGGCCCCCGCGACGUGCUGCUGAGCAGCGUCCACGUGGGUGGCGACGUGGACUCGGUGGCAGCCCUGGCGCUGGCGACGGUGGCGGCGCUGGAGGGCUGCCAGUGGGGAACGCCACGGGGGCUGCCGUGGAAGCUGCUGGAGGAGCUGGAGGGUGUGGAGUACCUGAUCUGCUGCGCCGAAAGCUUUGCCGCCUGGCUGUCGUCCAAAGGCGAGACGAAGAAACCCAUGAAGCGCCCGGCCAAAAGGCAGAGGAUCGCUUGAGAAAAGA